AUGUCGAUUUCGACCCUGCUGACGGCCGUGGUGAGCACCACCGCCUCCUGCAACGUCAUGGCGCCCGGCAUCAACAGCUUUGACGGGAUGGUGGUGGUCGGGGCGCCGCUCUCAGUCUCGCCGAGCGACUCUUACUUCGCCUACUCCAAGAUGAUCAAGGGCUCGGUCGAGAUUUUUCUCGACUGGCUGCUGACCGAGCGCACCCCUCGCGGGCUGCAGGUGGGCGACCAGCGGUUCAGCAUGCGCUUCGAAUGGGUGGGGGACGCCUCGAGCAAGACGCAGGUCACGCCCGCUCUGGCGGUGGCCACGCGGGGUAACGGGGCGCACUUCGCCAUGGGCGGCUACAGCUCAGCGCUCACGCAGUACGCUGCGCAGCAGAGCUUUGCCGACGGUCUGCUGAUGGUCUCGGCCGGCGCGGCCAGCACCUCCGUCUUCACGCAGAACAACCUCACCUUCGGCCUCUAUCCGCCCGCUGCCGUCUACCACGACAACCCGCUCGCCGCCAUCGCUGCGGCGGCGGCGGACGUCGACGCGAAUCAGCCCCCCGCGAGCGCCGCCACUGACUCGCAGUCGCCGUGCUUCGCCGGCGGCGGUGGCUGCCUCGCGAGCCUGCGCGUCGGCUUCAUCCAGGCGGACACGCUCUUCGCCAAGUCGCAGUGCGCGAACGGCGAGGCGCUGGGCGCGAAGCACGGCUUCGAGGUGGCACGGGAUGGCGCGGGCGUCGCGCUGAUCGUCACGAUUCCGAAGGCGCCGACGGAUACGAACGAGGUCGACGACGCAUUGCGGCAGCUCCGCGACGCUGGGGUCAACGUGCUCGUCGGCUGCACCUACCUGAGCACGACCAAGGCGAUCAUCGCGGCGCUCGAGCGGCUCGACUGGUCGCCGCUCGCCCUCUCCGUCUCCUCCUCGGUCGGUACCGCCUCGUUCGCCGCCUCAACGCGCGACGGCUGGUGGCAAGCCGAGUACGCCCUCGGACCAUCGCCGUGGCACCGCACCGUGCCCACCGUGGGCAACUUCAGCGGCAUGACCUCCGCCGACUUCGCCGCGCGAUACGCCGCGCGGCACAACGAGGCGGAGGUCUCCUACCACGGCGCCUCGGCCUUUGGGGGCGUCGCCGCGCUGGUCGCCGCCAUUGAGGCCGCCGGCACGCUCGAGACCGAGGCGGUCGCGCAGCAGCUGGCGGCGAGCUCGCUGCGCGAGUUCUACGGAGACAUCGCCUUCGACGCCAAUGGGCAGAUCACCGUCGGGAUGCUCGUGCUGCAGGCGCCCGACGGCGCCUCCUCGUCGACGCACAGCGGCGACCCGGAGAUGGUCGUGUGGCCUCCCGAGGCACGCGCCACCGCCAACGCCGUGCUCGCCUUCCCGACGCCGCCAUGGGCGCAGCGCCGCUGCCGCCUCUUCGGGGGGGGUGCGGCGCUCGGGGCGACGGAGCGGGCGGGCAUUCGGUACAUCGAGGACGGGCGGGCAUAUAUCGAGGACCGCCAAGUGCUCCUCACCACCGUCCUCCCGGCGGCGGGAGCGCUCGCUCUCUUCUUGGUCGCCCGGCGCUUCAAGCUCGCUAAGCGGCGCCGCCAGCUAUUGUGGCGCUCCACCCGCCAGCCGCCCCGCUUGCGCUCCAAGGCCGACGGCGCGAGGUGGCCGCCCGCCGCCAGCUGCUCGGCGGGCGGCGAGUACCACCUCUUCCUCUCGCACACGUGGAGCAGCGGCCAGGACCAGGUGCACAUGAUCAAGCGGCGGCUCGCCACGCUCGCGCCGAAGAUGAAGGUCUUCCUUGACGUCGACGACCUGGAGGAGUUCGGCACGCUCGCCGACAACGUCGCCGCCUCGGACGUGGUGCUCCUCUUCCUCUCGCGCGGCUACUUCGCCUCCAAGGCUUGCCAGAUCGAGUACACGGCCGCCUGCCGGCUGGGCACGAGCCGGCCGUGCUCGUGCACGAGCGCGCCGCUCGAGGAGCUGCGCGAUCAGUGCCCCGACGAGUGCCGCGCGCACCUCUUCGGCAGCCGGGCGGUGGUGCCGUGGCUCCGCUCCGAGGUCUUCCAGCUGGUGACGCUCAAGAAGAUCGUCGCCGUCGUGCUCUCCGCCGACGGCGGCGAGGCGGCCACGGGCAAGCAGGCGGGCGGAGGGGAUGAGAUAGCCAGUGUGGCCAGCGAUCUGUCGACCCAUUCCCGAGAGUCGCGGGUCGGCGAAAGCUCGAGCGGAGGCGGAAGGCGGCGCUCCCUCGCGGAGCUCCAGCUGGAGCGAGCCACGAUGGCGUCGGCGGAGGCGGCGAGGCGGGUCGCAGCGAGGGCGAUGGCGCGCGCGCCGGCCAAGAAGGAGUGCGAGUCGGCCGACCUGUACUUGCACAAGGAGCUCAAGCCGGCGGCGGGGCUGGGCCCUGGGCCUGGCCUGACGCUCCUCUACUCGCGACACAACCCGGGCGCGCGCCUCGUCGCGUCUCAGCUCGCCGCGACGGUCGCCGGCUGCGUCGCCGUCGAGGCUCCCGCGGGCGGUGCCACGAGCGUUGGCGGCGGGCGGGGGCUGGCCGUUUCCGACAGCCCGUCUCAGACAGUCUCACGUGGCCACCAGGCGCUUGCUAGAGAGGUGUGUGGCUGGCGAGCAGCCUUCAAGGAGACGGUGUGCGCCGCCGAGCGGACGAGGCAGCGCCAAGAGGCGGCCAGCGGGUUGGCGAAGCUGACGAAUCGAAUCGAGGAGCUCACGGGCGUGGACGUCGACGGCGACGGCGACGUCAACGGGAAGUGCCUCGAGCGCGGCUCCCUGUCGCUCUCCUCGAACGUGCAUAGCGGCCAAGUCUCGCUCGGCGAGGCGUCGGGCCGGGCGCAGCCCAAGCACGGCGGAGCGGUGGGCGAGGCUAGCGAGCGCGUGCGCUCCUCGUCCUCUGGCUCGGGGGCGGACUCGGAGCCGGAGGAGCCGGCGGGCGGCGUGGAGAUGGGCAGGCUGCUGCUCGUGCACAUGCUCGAUCCCGAGGACGACGGCUGCCGCUUCGAGCAGGUGAUGGCCCAGACCCCGCAGCACCUCGUCGACGACAAGCUCUACUCGCAGAUCGCGCUGCCGUGGUUCCACACGCCAGACUACCGCGCGGCCGCCCUCGCGGUGCUCUCGCACACGCUCGUCAAGGAGGGCUCCUCUGCCCCGUCCAGCCGGGCUAGGGGCGGCACUAGGACUUGCGACGCCGACGGCCAACGCGCAAUUCUCUGGGUCGUCGCGGCUCUUCGCGCCUGGUCUGGGGACAACGCUCUGCUGCCGGCGUAA